GCGGCGCCGACCCCCCGCGCGUCGCACAUGGAGCGCUGGACCGAGGCGGCGGCCGCGGGCAGCGGCACUUCUGCGGCGCGCUCAGCCAGCCCCUCCCGCUCCUGUGCGCUGCUCCUCCGGGUCCGCGUGCGCGUCACCAUGGCGUCCAGUGAGGAGGACGGCACCAACGGCGCCUCCGAGGCCAGCGACGAGAAGGAAGCCGCGGGCAAGCGGAGACGCCUAGGCUUCCUGGCCACCGCCUGGCUCACCUUCUACAAUAUCGCCAUGACCGCCGGGUGGUUGGUUCUAGCCAUUGCUAUGGCACGCUUUUAUAUGGAAAAAGGAACACACAGAGGUUUAUACAAAAGCAUUCAGAAGACACUUAAAUUUUUCCAAACAUUUGCUUUGCUUGAGGUAGUCCACUGUCUGAUUGGAAUUGUACCCACUUCUGUGCUUGUGACUGGGGUCCAAGUGAGCUCAAGGAUCUUCAUGGUGUGGCUCAUUACUCACAGUAUAAAACCCAUCCAGAACGAAGAGAGCGUGGUGCUUUUUCUGGUCUCCUGGACCGUGACCGAGAUCACUCGCUAUUCCUUCUACACAUUCAGUCUCCUCGACCACUUGCCGCACUUCAUUAAAUGGGCCAGAUACAAUUUUUUUAUCAUCUUAUAUCCCGUUGGAGUUGCUGGGGAACUUCUCACAAUAUACGCCGCCUUGCCUUAUGUAAAGAAGUCAGAAAUGUUCUCAGUGCGGCUUCCCAACAAGUACAAUGUUUCUUUUGACUACUACUAUUUUCUCCUCAUAACCAUGGCCUCGUAUAUACCGUUGUUUCCUCAGCUCUACUUUCAUAUGUUACGCCAGAGAAGAAAGGUGCUCCACGGGGAGGUGAUCACGGAGAAGGACGAUUAAGUGGUUCCCACACACAAGGUGCUCUUUUCAGAAAAACCGGAUUACUUGAGUCCAAGUUUUAAUAAUAAGAAUAAACAACUUCACGAAAUAACAUGGAUUGCAUUGUUUCUUGAAAUAUAAGAGAAAGCAUGGUGUUUGCCAGUAGUCGUCUUCAUAUUGUGCUACGUCUGUUUUUGACCUAACUGCAAAUAUUAUAAACUGUGGGUGAGGGGCGAGGGUGAAUCAUUUCGGAAACAAUUGGAUAUAUUACCCGGGGAAGAAUAAUUUUGUUACCUUUAUUAAUAUUCUUUACAACAUGUGCUCAAGGCUUUUUAAAAAUCAAUAAGUAAAAAUUGAUUUAAUUUAAUAUGAUACCUACCACUGACAUUCAUAUUUUACUUUAUAAAUGAAAUCCGAUACAAAAUUGUAAUGACUGAUUAACUUUGCAUUAGAGCUGCCUGUCCACUGUUUCAAAUUGUAAGGCAACAUUUAGGAUUAAUAUCCAUAUCUGGGAAGCGUGGACAUAAAUUUUUACAGUGGGCUUUUUAUAUAAAGUAGAAGCAUAAAAAUGUUGAAGUAAAUGUCAGUGUUGGAAGCCAUCUUCUUUUCUCUGGAAAGGGCUGGGGUUGCUGGAGACAGAGCUGUGGACUUUGCACAUCCCAGUGAGUGCUCCAUCAUGGAAAGGCACCCUUAGCCCCAGGAGACUCUUUGUUCAAGAUCUGCCUAGACUGUUGAAAUCAUUUAUGGAGCAAACUUUUAUUUGCAUUAAUCACACAAGGACAGCUUUCUCAAUUAAGGAUUUUAAGAGGUUAGACAAAUUGCAGAUAUUUGUUUUGCCUACUGGCGAAAAGAAACAUCUGAUCGUAUUGUUUCUAGAUAUUUGGUUGAGCAAGCGACUCUAAGCUGCAGAAUUAUCUUAUAAAACCAUGGUAUGGUCAUCUUUUUGUGGUACUUUAUAAGUAACAAUUUCUAGCUGUCUUCUGAAACAUUUGUUUUAUUCUGAGUUACACCAGGGAACAGAAGUCUCAUGAUAAAGCCCUGACCCCCGUGUUUAAUAGAAAGACAUCCCGAACAUUCUUCAUUUCUGCUUUAAUUAAAUAGGGUCUUUAAAGGUUUCUCUUCUAUGGUAAAAUACACUGAUUUGCUGGUCAAAUUUAAAGCGAAUGUAGAUGUGGUAAGGAAAGGGAUCCUUUAUGUGCUACAGCUACACAAAUGCAAUUGUAGCUUUGAGGGUUUGGUCUGGUGUGUCCUUACACCUGUAACACACUCUUUUCAGAUUGGCUUGUUUGUGUGUAACUUGAUCCUAUAGAAAGUCUUCAGAUAGGGAGGUGGAGUUUGGAACAGCUUUUCAGAUGUUUUGUUUUGUUUUGUUUUGUUUUGUUUUGUUUUGUUUUGUUUUUUGA